AGCAGCAGGCCUCAGCUGGGCCCGAGCCAGAUAUGGGAUUGGAGCGGUCGGGCAGGCUGCCUAUUGUGGUGCAGUCCGGCACCAUUGGGGAACUGCUGAGAUGGGUGGCGCCGCAGCAGGCCCGGUAUGCGUCGCAGAAGGAGAUGCUGCAGCACUGGGAGGAUGUCUGGCAGGAGGUGCUGCAGGCCCUGCGCAUCCUCCCAGAGGUGAGGCCGGCUCCGGCGUGCGCCCUCAGGCCUGGAGAACCAGAAGUGCCGCCUCCUCCCGGAGUUGUGCCAGCACCGACUUGUGCACGUGGGUGUGAAAACCCCGCCUCCCAGGGGGCCAGAGAGUCACCCAGGGGUCUGGAGCAGGCUGGAAUCGAGCCGCAGGAGGAGACGGCACCAUGUCAAGAGGAGCAGCUGUCAGCCACGCAGACCCCUGCCGAGGUUAAGCCAACUCCAGCACCUGCGUGGAGAACCCUGGAGCCGCCACAGCUGGCCCCAGAGGACGAUAUCGAGGCCUAUCUGGCCACCUUUGAGCAGGUGGCUGACGCCUGCCAGUGGCCGAGAGGGGAGUGGACAACCCGACUGGAGCCGUACCUCACUGGGAAAGCCCAGCUGGCCUAUGGCAGCCUGGACAUCACAGAGACAAGUGACUAUGGGAAGGUGAAGGCCACCAUCCUGCGUCGCUAUGGCAUCAGCCCAGAGACACAGCGCAGGCGCUUCAGGGGAUUCCGCUACCAAGAGGCCGAGGGGCCCCAGGAGGCUUACAGCCACCUCCGGGAGCUCUGCCAUCGCUGGCUGGAGCCGCAGAGCCACACCAAGGAGCAGAUCCUGGAGCUGCUGAUCCUGGAGCAGUUCCUGACCAUCCUGCCAGAGGAAAUUCAGGGCUGGGUCUGGGAACAUGGUCCCGAGACCAGCACCCAAGCGGUGGCUCUGGCUGAGGGGUUCCAGCUGGGGCAGCCAGAGGCCCAGUGGCCGGGACUACAGAUGCCGGUGCAGUUCAAGGAUGUGGCUGUGACUCUGACUGAGGCAGAGUGGUUGCUGUUGGAUGAGGAGCAGAGGCAGCUGUAUGGGACUGUCAUGCAGGAGAAUUACCGGAGCAUUAGCUCACUGGGUUUUCCGGUUCGCAAACCAGCCCUGAUCUCUCAGCUGGAGCGACGGGAGGAGCCGUGCAUCCUAGAUCCCGCAGCCCCUGAGGAGCAGGAGACCCAGAGGGAUGUCCCAGCAGGCACCGGCAGGGGGCUGGGCGCUGAGGAGCUGGCUGUGCAGCACCACGGGGAGGCGCAGGCACCUGUCAAAGCAGCUCCAAGGCCAAAGGCCUCACCAAGGCGGCCCAAGAGGAAAGCGCCCCAGAGCCCUGGCCGGAAGAGAAAGAAACCCUCUCUGGGUGGAGAAGAGCCAGCAGCCCCCUCUGAGGGUGGGAAACAACAGCUCCCCACCUGUCCCACCUACAUGCAACAGCCGCUUCCUUCUGUGUGCAUGCAAAAGCCUUUCCUUCCUGUAUGCAGGAAACAGCCACCGCCUGUUGUGCACAGGGAACAGCCUGUCCCUCCUGUGUGCCGGGAACAGCCGCCUCCUCCCCUAAGCAGGGAACAGCCGCCCCCUCCUGUGUGCCGGGAACAGCCGCCCCCUCCCCUGAGCAGGGAACAGCCGCCCCCUCCUGUGUGCCAGGAACAGCCACUCCCUGCUCCUGACAGGGAACAGCUGCCCCCUCCCCUGAGCAGGGAACAGCCGCCCCCUCCCCUGAGCAGGGAACAGCCACCCCCUCCUAUGUGCCAGGAACAGCCACCCCCCACUCCUGACAGGGAACAGCCGCCCCCUCCCCUGAGCAGGGAACAGCCGCCCCCUCCUGUGUGCCAGGAACAACCAGCCCCCACUCCUGACAGGGAACAGCCGCCCCCUCCCCUGAGCAGGGAACAGCCGCCCCCUCCUGUGUGCCAGGAACAGCCACCCCCCGCUCCUGACAGGGAACAGCUGCCCCCUCCUGUGUGCUGGGAACAGCUGCCCCCGCCCCUGCGCAGGGAACAGCCGCCCUCCACUCCUGGCAGGGAACAUACAUCCCCCCCUAUGCACAAGGAACAGCCACUCUCUCCUCGGUGCACUGAACAGCUGCUUCCUGCCCUGCACAGGACACAGCCACACCCCACUCUCAGCCAGGCACAGCAGCCCCCUCUGUCAUCGCCUGUUAAUUCCUGCUGCAAGAACGUGAUCAUGGGAGGAUCCCCCACUAGCAAUAGCCUGCCCCAAUCUAAGAGGUGCUACCAGUGCCCUGAGUGUGGCCGGGCCUUCAGGCAGAGCUCAGACCUGCAGCGGCACCGCCGCAUCCACACGGGAGAGAAGCCUUUCCACUGCCCGGCAUGCGAGAAGAGCUUCCGGCUGCAGUCCAGCCUGAUCGUGCACCACCGCACCCACACCGGGGAGCGGCCCUACCAGUGUGGGGAGUGCGGCCGUGCCUUCUCGCAGAGCUCCAGCCUCCGGACUCACAGUAAGAUCCACUUGGACCAGAAACCCUAUGUUUGCUCUGUGUGCGGCAAGAGCUUCCACCACAACUCAAAUCUCGUCCUCCACCAGCGCACCCACACCGGUGAGCGGCCCUACGAGUGCAGCGUCUGCGCCAAGCGCUUCAGUGACCGCUCCAGCCUGGCUCAGCACCGACGUGUCCACACGGGGGAGCGCCCCUACCCCUGCUCCGAGUGCGGGAAGUGCUUCAGCCAGGCCUCACACCUGGUCAAACAUCGACGCACCCACGCGGGCCCCUGCACCAUGCUGGCUAGGGACACAGCUGUCUCCCAAAAUAGGCCUGGCACAAGGGAGAAGAGAGACACUCCUAGACGCAGACCAGACUGUGGGGUAGAAAGAGCUGCCCCCAGAGACAGGCCAACCAAGGACAGAGCUCCUCCCAGCCAUGGACCGGGAAUGGGGGCUGAGAGAGCCACUCCCCAGAAUGGCCCUGGUACAAGAGAAGAGAGAGACACCCCCAGACAUGGGCUGGGCACAGGAGAGGAAAGACAGCAUGGAAAGAUGUGCUGUCUCUGAAAGAUGUUUUGGCAGGGAGAAGGAGAGAGAGGCCUCAAAAGACACCAGCCACGAGGAAGGACGCAGCUACCACCAAUCACAUGCCGGGCAUAGGUAUGGAGAAAGUGGCAACAAAAACCACGUUGGCUGCAGGGAAGGAAAGGUUGACCCCAAAAUCUGGGGCCGAUGAGAGGAGAGCUGCCCCUCAAAGUGGGCUGGGCAUGGGGGAGGACAGCGCCUCCCCAGACCAUGCCUCAAAGAAUGCCAAACAAAAGGUGCACCAGCUGUGGAUGAGGAGAGGGCAGCCCUGAAAGAUGCACUGAGGGCGGCGAAGGACAAAGCAGCAACAAAAGAUGCAUCAGUAGAGGGGAAGGGAGAGUCACCCAGAAACUUGCUUCAGAUGGGGAGGAAAGAGAGGCCUCAAGAGACACUCUGACCAUGGGGAAGGGGAGAGCUGCCAGUGGUUGAGCAUUAGCCUGCUAAACCCAGGGUUGUGAGUUCAAUCCUUGAGGGGUGCAUUUGGGGAUUGGUCCUGCUUUGAGCAGGGGGUUGGACUAGAUGAUCUUGUGAGGUCCCUUCCAACCCUAAUAAUCUGUGAUUCUGUGAAACCCGCACUGGCCACGGGGAAGGGGAGAGCUGCCCCCAAACCCACACUGGCCAUGGGGAAGGGGAGAGCUGCCCCCAAACCCGCAGUGGCUAUGGGGAAGGGGAGAGCCGCCUUGAAACGUGCUCCAGGUACACAAGGCAUACAGUUCAGGGGAGCCCUCUCAUGUCAUUGCAUGGUACGGACAGGGAUGACUCAUGGGGGGUAGAGCCUGUGGGGAGCCCUGUCACUGAGCAGUAGGUUUGGGGAUAGCUCAUAAGAACAUGCAUUAAGCUGAGGGGUCACAGACCAGGUGUGAAACCCCAUCAGUGUGCAGGCGGGCAGUAAUGCCAGUUCCAUAGGCUCACGCUUAGGCAGCAAUGGAGAAGCUGGCCUGGCGGGGGAUGCAGUUACAGCUCAGAGGGGACGGGCAGCACGAAGGCACUUCUGGCACCGCAAAGGCUCCGCUGGACCCGGAGCUGGUGAAGCGAAUGGCUGGCACUUAACAUGUAACCACAGACAUCUCUGUAGGGGGACUAAAACCUGCUAAAAACAGAAAUAUGUUCAGGUUUUUGCCAGAAAUGGUCUGUUAUCCGGUGUUUGGUUUUCCAACAGAAAGUAGCUCUGUAGAGCAUAAUUGUAGAGGUGUCUGGGAUAAGACUAUAUGGAGAUAUACCUAUCUCACAGAGCUAGAGGGGACCCGGAAAGGUCAUUGAGUCCAGCCCUCUGCCUUUACUAGCAGCACUAAGUACUGAUUUUGCACCAGAUCCCUAAAUGGUCCCCUCAAGGACUGAGCUCACACCCCUAGGUUUAGCAGGCCAAUGCUCAAACCACUGAGCUAUCCCUCCUGAGGAGUAGGGGAUGAUGUUACAGAGGUGGCAAAAGGGACUGUCACGGGGGUUACUCACCGCACUGGCACAAACCUCCUGCUGGGCAUUUUGGGAAUUAGCUCAGUCCCAGCAGGUGCACCCGCAGGUGAUGGUGGGACUCCCAUCCUUGCCUCUGCUUGCAGGCCCGAUGUGGCUCAUUUCUGCUUGGCAUCUACUUCAUGGCACAGCCCCCUGGCUGUGUCACCGUUUGGUUCCCCCCCCUUCCAAGGAACUCCUCUAACAAGAGUCCAGCCACUCCUCGCAGUGGCUUGGCAGUCGACAGCCAGGCUGCUCUUUCAGCAGCUAGUGGGGGAGAGGGGCAGGCCAGCUCACUACUCCAGGCCCCAGCCCAGGGGGCAAACAAUGGCUUCUUGCUGCUGCUUCCUUCCAGCCCACUGUCUCUAUUCCCUGAGCCACUUUCCCACAGCCUCAGUUCCUUUUGCGCCUGCCUCUGGCUCCAGCUCCUUUGCCCUCUUCCCAGAGCCUUGAGCCUGUAAGUCCUGGCAGCCCGUCAGGAACUCUCCCUAGCUCCCCUGGUCCCUGCUAGCACCGGCCCUUCCCCAGGUGCUGGUCUCUCUGAAGCUAGUGUGCCCUGUCACAGUGACAUACAGAGGAUAUACCAUCCUUCUCCUGCUAUUAAGCAGAGGGGACCACUGGGCCCUCUAAGAUACCUCACAGGCAUCCACAUCGCCAGCAUCAGCCAAGCUUCCCAGUUACAAGAGCAAGCCAACCAUUUGCGUUCUAAAUAAAUUCAUAGCCUAGGCUCCACAAUAACCUUAACUCUGACCCCAACCCAACUCAUGAGACUAUGACACCACGUGUCAUGACAUACUAGUGGCUUAUGAGGCUUCAGGGAGUAAGUAGGGUUGUUCUCAUGCUGCUUCUACAUUUGCCUGAAUUGAGAGGUGAGUUGUUUGGGUUUGUUGCUGUCGCUGAGACUGAAGUGGAUGCAGGGUCUAUGCAAAAGCCGGUGGGUUGUUGCUUCGAUCUACAACACAGUUGUUGAUGGAAUUUCCAGUGUGAGACGCCAAAUCCUUCAGUUCAGAGCUAAGAUUGUUUUGAGGAUCCUUAAUUAUGUAUUUCUUGACUUUGAAAACUUUGGGUUGCUGGAUUUUUUUAUGUUAUCUUUGGAUUUCCAGCAUUUUAUAGAAAAAUAUAGUUUGUUGUAAUAUGGUUGUCUCAUCUUAAUUGUUAACUAUUUACAGUCAAGUGUGUAUCUUAACACAGUUCUUUGGGAAUUUCCUGUGUUUGGUUUUUUGUUGGGUUUUGAAAAAGAAUUGUAAGACAUGUGACAAUUUACUGUAGAUGAUUAUAUCUCCCCAAUAGUGAGAUUAUGGGAUGGAGCCAGCUUCUGGAAACCCUGACUCUGAUGACUAGAUCCCACCCAGAGGGCUUGAUCCAAAACCUUUUGAAGGUCAAUGGAAAGACUUAACUGGGCUUUGGACAGGUCCAUGUAGGACUGGAAGGGACCUUGAGAAGUCAUCAAGUCCAGCCCUCUGCCCUGAGACAGGACUAAGUAAACCUAGGCCAUCCUUGACAGGUGUUUGUCCAACCUGUUCUUAGAAACCUCCAGUGAUGGGGACUCCACAACCUUCCUUGGAAGCCUGUUCCAAAGCUUAACUCUCCUUAUAGUUAAAAUUUUUUCCCUAAUAUCUCAAUCUCCUUUGCUGCAGAUUAAGCCCUUUACUUCUUGUCCCAGCCUGAGUGUACGUGUGCAUGAGUUACAUAAGAUUUACUGAUUUACCAAGAUAAGCGCUGCCCUGACAGUUGAGAAGCGAGUGGCGAUAGCCUCUUGGAAGCUUACAACACCUGACUGCUACCGGUCAGUCGGGAAUCAAUUUGGAGUGGGCAAAUCUACUCUGGGGACUGCCGUGAUCAAGUAGCCAAUGUGGUCAUUGACGUUCUGCUAUCAAGGGUGGUGACUCUGGGAAAUGUGCAGGUCAUAGCGGAUGGCUUUGCUGCAAUGGAUAAACAGAUGGUUACGGGUUAAUGUCUCUUUUACCUAUAAAGGGUUAACUAGCAGUAAACCUGGAAUACCUGACCAGAGGACCAAUCAGGAGACAAGAUUCUUUCAAAUCUCGGUGGAGGGAAGCCUUUGUUUGUGUUUUUUGGGUUUUGCUCUGUUCUCUCUGGGUUCUGAGAGGGGCCAGACAUGUAAGCAGAUAUCUUAAAAUUUCUGAAACAGCCUCUUCUGUUCAAUUUAAUAAGUACCAAUUAGGAAAGGUGGUUUAGUCUUUUUAUUUGUUUUCUUUAUUUGCAAAUGUGUAUUUUGCUGUAAGGAUUGUAUUUGUGCUGGGGGGAGGAUUUUCUCUGGUGUCUAUAAGCUGAAAGACCCUGUAACAUUUGCCAUCUUAAAUUUUACAGAGACAACUUUUACUUUUUUCUUUCUUUUAUCAAAAGCUUUUCUUUUUUAGAACCUGACUGAUUUUUUUAGUUAUCUUGUGUAAGACCCCAGGGGAGGGAGUCUGCACUCACCAGGGAAUUGGUGGGAGGAAGGAGAGAAGGGGGGAGGAAAAGCCUGAUUUCUCUCUAUGUUAAGAUUACUGUCUCUCUUUCAGGGAGAAUCUGGGAGGGGAAGAGAAGAGGAGGGGAAGGUGAAUUCCUCUUUGUUUUAAGAUUCAAGGAGUUUGAAUCACAGUGAUCUUCCAGGGUAACCCAGGGAGGGGAAGCCUGGGAGAGGCAACGGUGGGGGAAAGGAUUUACUUUCCUUGUGUUAAGAUCCAGGGGCUCAGGGUCUUGGGGUCCCCGGGAAGGUUUGGUGGGGGACCAGAGUGUACCAGGCACUGCAAGUCCUGGUUGGUGGCAGCACUACAAGUUCUAAGCUGGUAAUUAAGCUUAGGGGAAAUUCAUGCUGGUACCCCAUCUCUUGGACGCUAAGGUUCAGAGUGGAGACUCAUACUAUGACAGAGGACUGCCGUGAUCAAGUAGCCAAUGCAAUCACUGACGUUGUGCUAUCAAGGGUAGUGACUCUGGGAAAUGUGCGGGUCAUAGCGGAUGGCUUUGCUGCAAUGGGAUUCCCUAACAGUGGUGGGGCGAUAGACAGAAUGUAUAUCCCUAACUUGGCACCGGACCACCUUGCCAACCAGUACAUAAACCACAAGGGAUACUUCUCAAUGGUGCUGCAAGCAGCAGUGGAUCACAAGGAUCUUUCACUGACAUCAAUGUGGGAUGGCCGGGAAAGGUGCAUGACGCUCGCCUCUUUAGGAACUCUUUGAGCAGCUGCAAGAAGGGACUUACUUCCUGGACCAUAAAGUUACUGUUGGGGAUGUUGAAAUGCCAAUAGUUAUUCCUGGAGACCCAGCCUACCCCUUGCUCCCAUGGCUCAUGAAGCCAUACACAGGCAGCCUGGAGUAGUAGUAAGGAGCAGUUCUACUAUAGGCUGAGCAAGUGCAGAAUGGUGGUAGAAUGUGCCUUUGGACGUUUAAAAGCUCGCUGACGCUGUUUGCUGACUAGGUUAGAUCUCAACACAACCAAUAUUCCCAUUGUUAUUACUGAUUGCUGUGUGCUCCAUAAUAUCUGUGAGAAUAAAGGAGAGAUGUUUAUGGUGGGGUGGGAGAUUGAGGCAAAUCACCUGGCUGCCAAUUUUCAACACCGAGAUACUAGGGCGAUUAGAAAAGCACAGGUAGGCGUGCUGUGCAUCAGAGAGGCUUUGAAAACCAGUUUCAUGACUGGCCAGGCUACGGUGUGACAGUUGUGUGUGUUUAUCCUAGAUGCAAACCUGCCCCCUUUGUUGUUUUUAAUUCCCUGUAAGCCAACCACCAGGGCCAGCACUUCCACUUAGGCAGCCUAGGCAAUCGCCUAGGGCACCAGGAUUAUUGGGAGGCGGCAUUUUGCCAGGGGGGGGGGCGGCAGGCAGCUCUGGUGGACCUGCCACAGUCGUGCCUGCCGAGGUUUCCCUGGUCCCACGGCUCCAGUGGACCUCCCGCAGGCACAGCUGCGGCAGCUCCACCGGAGCUGCAGGACCAGCGCGCGGGGCGGCGAAAUUGCUGUGCGCCUAGGGCGCUAAAAACACUAGCGCCCGUCCUGCCAACCACCCUCCCCCCUUCGAUCACAGCUGGCAACGGAAAUAAAGUCACUA